CUUGUCGGCAAGCCCUUUCGUUUUUUCUCAAAAAGUGAACAUCUUCAAAAAAAGCCAUGAGCGUUUCGAGCAUCGGAAGCAUAUUGAUAUUAUAGUUGUCUACAUUGUAGAAACGGAUCUAGAACAUCACUAGAGCACUAUCCCUUACUCUGACAGGCCUACACCUUCAACCAUACUCCACACACCCUUUUUCCUCCACACGCUUUGCGUUGGCGGCUUUUGCAUCAUCGUUUUGCCCGAUUCUUUCCUGUAGCUUAUCUUAGCUUUUGCUUCUUAGCUUAGUACAUACUAGCUUGCACCAUCCUACUCGCUUGCAUACUAGCUUCUAGUGCACAUACUAGCUGCAUAGCUCACCUUUUCAAAGCUUAUAUACUAGCUUUCCCACCUCUAUCCAGAAAAGAUGUCCGGUUCCAUCGACAAGGCUGAAAACCCGCUCGCGGGCAUUCCCCUCCCAGGAUUCUUGACGAACAAAGACCAGCCAAUCGGUAAGGACUUGCCCAUACGAAUGCAAGAAUGAAUCUACUCCAAUGCACAUCGGAUGGUGGAUCCAAACUCUAAGUUACCGACAUUCUUGUACCGCACCACAUCACAAUCUCUUACUUACCUCUCAGUUGCUCCAAUGGACCAUUCCAAAUCAAGAUCUCUCUCUCUCUCUCACCUAAGAAGAAAUCUCUCAACACAACUUCCUUUUUAGGUUGGGCUUUCUCCAGUUUCGUCGAGUUUAUCCAAGACAGCAAGCGACUGCUCCAACGCUGCACCAAACCGGAUGCUAGAGAAUUCAAAAAAAUCGCCUUCGCCUGCUCGAUUGGAUUCGCUAUCAUGGGAUUCAUCGGGUACUGUCCUCUGGUUUCUCAAUUUCGUUUUUUGAAAAUUUACAAGAGACGCGUACAACUUUACAACCUCUCAACACAUGACCUGUUAGUGUCAUGUCUCAACGAACUGAACGUUAACACAGGUACAUUGUGAAGCUGGUCUUCAUCCCGAUCAACAAUAUCAUUGUGGGUAUGGGGAUGUAAGGUGGAAGCGAGCGGAUGUUGAAUGAAAGGCAGAUCAUGUGGUACCUCUAGAAGCUGGAGGGUACACCAUUAGCAGUGGUUGCCGCUGCGAUGUACCCUAUGUGAUCCCUCUCCUUUCCCAGCGUACUUCUACAGCCAGAGAAACACCUCAAUUUUAUGUUUCUCUUGCAAUGUUGUACCCCCCUAGGGCUUGGUGCUUUCAUACUACAGUGCUCAACCAGUUUAACCAGUGCUUUCCCCCUCAUGCAUCUUCAUGCGCGCUACAUUUAGAAAGUAGGUACUAGACCAUCUAUAAUUUAGAUUUAGAUUUUACAUCAACAAUGCUAACAACUUCGUCUAGAGGUGGUUGCGGUUGGAUUGCUUAUUCGAAUAUUUUCAACUUAUUCAUAACGGUCACUUUUAGUACACGAUUCAUUGGCAUAGUUUAGUUUAUGUACGUUUUCGUUGAGCUGCUGCGACAAAUGUCAUACUAGUCGUUCAUCGUCGUCGUCAAAUCAGAUUUACUAGAAUCUUCGCAAUAUUAUAUCCCAAUCAAUAGCAAAAACGCGGGCGGACACAAGAAGCUUCGGAGUAGGGCGAAGUGACUUGUUGUCUUUUACUUCAGAGUAGGGUGAAUUACUUUCAGUUCGUGAUUCGUUAUCGAUUCACUUCAGAUGGUCGUUUUACGAUAGGUUUAUGUGUAAUCGAAAGCGUAGUUGUCGGAGCAAUAUCAGUACUGUUAAGGGAGAUACUCGUCAAGGCAUACUGUUGAAUCAAGUAUCAAUGAAAUCUCCCCCGAAAUUACAAAAACAAGGACAGCUGUGACGACAUAGAUUUCAUACUCGAAGUCGAAAUAGUGUUGUUGAGGAGGUAUAAGUUGGUCACAUCCACGCACUAUGUGGUUAUUAAGAAAGUUCGUUUGAACAAGCUGGUUACCAGAUUGUAUUAGCAGUGUUCUGCAAGAAUAUUUGUCACUAGUGAAGUGCAGGGCUGGGGUGAGAG